UCGGCGCGACGCGGCUGGAUCGCUCCUUGCCGCGGCGGCUGCCAAGGGACCGUCGCCGUCUCGUCGCCUCAGCGCUGCUGUCUGGGCCCAGCCCGCGCCGCCGCCCGCCUUACCUUUCGUCCCUGGCCGGGCCUGCGGGAUGUUCAUUUUAAAGAUUCUGUGAAGAUGAAAAGGGAUAUCUUAUGGCUUUAUGAAAUAUAAAGCAAUACUGUCUGACAUGACGGCAAAAAAUGUUGGUGUGACUUCCACAAAUGGAGACUUGAAAGGAUUUAUAGAUCAGAACCAGAGUCCAACAAAAGGUAAUAUUUCAGUAAUCGCAUUGCCAGUUUCCAGCACCAACUCUCCGACUAAGAUUUUGCCAAAAACCUUGGGACCAAUCAAUGUGAAUGUCGGACCCCAAAUGAUCAUAAGCACACCACAAAGACUGACCAGUUCAGGGAGUGUUCUGAUUGGGAGUCCGUAUAGCCCAGCUCCAACAAUGGUCACACAGACACACAUAACAGAAGCUGCCGGCUGGGUCCCAGGGGAGCGAAAACGGACUCAAGAAAUUAUAGAGUCAGAUUUUUCAGAAAGUAAGAGAAGCAAGAAAGGCGAUAAAAAUGGGAAGGGUCUGAGGCAUUUUUCAAUGAAAGUUUGUGAAAAAGUUCAACGUAAAGGAACAACUUCAUACAACGAAGUCGCUGAUGAGCUCGUAUCAGAAUUCACAAAUUCUAACAGCCACCUAGCAACAGAUUCACAGGCUUAUGAUCAGAAAAAUAUUAGACGGAGAGUUUAUGAUGCCCUCAACGUCCUGAUGGCAAUGAACAUAAUUUCAAAGGAGAAGAAGGAAAUCAGAUGGAUUGGCCUUCCUACAAACUCAGCUCAGGAAUGUCAGAAUCUAGAGAUAGAAAAACAGAAGCGGAUUGAAAGGAUAAAACAGAAGCGAGCCCAACUGCAAGAACUGCUACUGCAGCAAAUAGCAUUUAAAAACUUGGUACAAAGAAAUCAGCAAAAUGAACAGCAGAAUCAAGGCCCUCCAUCGUUGACCUCCACAAUACAGCUGCCUUUCUUAAUAGUCAACACAAGCAAAAGAACAAUUAUAGACUGCAGCAUAUCAAGUGAUAAAUUUGAAUACCUCUUUAAUUUCGAUAAUACUUUUGAGAUUCAUGACGACAGUGAGGUGCUGAAGAGAAUGGGAAUGUCCUUUGGGCUUGAAGCAGGCAAAUGCUCAGCUGAGGACCUAAGAACUGCAAAAUCACUGGUGCCAAAAGCUUUAGAAGGCUACAUCACAGAUAUGUCUUCAGGAUUUUCAUGGAUAAACCAAGGGUUACUUUCAAGUUCAGCACAAGCAGUUUCCCAUUUUGAGGCAGUUGGAGGCACUUAUGAUGCUAAAACAAGUGAGAACCCAGGGUUGUGUUUGGAUGCUGAAGUGGCCUUAGCAACUGGGCAGCUGCUUGCCCCUAGCAGUCAGCAGUCCAGCAGUGCAGCCUCCCGGGGGGAGACACCCUGCUCCUUCAAUGAGGAAGAUGAAGACGAUGAAGAUGAGGAUUCUUCCUCCCCAGAAUGAGGACAGUAGAAAAUGAAAUAUACAAAAUGCUGCUCAAAUAUUCUUAAUGGGAGUUCCUGUUUGGAUUUUAUGGUUUCCUGCCUUGGUUUGCACUGUGUUCGGUGAACCAAAACAGAAGCUUCAAAACAAGUUUAUCCAUAGCUGAAAUUGAAGAAUUGUAUAACUGAACACAGAGUGACAUGCAGAGACAGAGCAAAGUGGGUUUUAUAAACUAUAAAUGAGGAAAAGAACAAAGUCCCUGGAGAUUCGGCAAAGUAAACCCUAAGUUCUUCUUUUCCAUUUUGGGACUCAAGUCUCUGUCUUCCCUUUGACUUUUUCAGAUGGAGAAGAAAACAGUCAGUCAGUAAAAGCCAAGUCCUGCACAGUCUUUUGGCUGUGCUGCCCUUAGAAAAAGGCGGAGAGAGCACAUGCAAAUGUGCUAAAAUCAUUAUUUAAAACUAUCUUGUAUGAAAGUGGUUAUAGGGAGGAGGGGCUGUUAAAAUGUUUGCUGUUUUUCUUUUCAACUUGCUGUAUAGAAGAUUCUUAAAGUAAUAUAAAUUGCAAAUGAUGAAUCUUGAAAUAGUUUCUAUCCAUUUUAGAUACUCUAAAAGUAACAUUAGUAUGAAAGGUUCAUAUGUUCAUUUAUAUUGCAGGCCUAAUUUAUUACAAGUGAUUAUUCUUAGCCAUUAUUAAAACAGUCAGGAAAAAAACAGUAUUCUCUGCACCAGCUUUUUUCAAGGAAAAUAAGUUUAAAAAUUGUAUUUCUAGAUUACAGCAUAUUUGGUGUAGCUUCUCCUUUAUUGUUCUAACUUUAUAUAAUCCCUUUGAUGUUAGAGCGUGUCUUGUUUUUUUUAAAAAGGCUUCCCACCAUGUUAAGGAUCUCAGGCAGUGUGUUUUCAAGGCAGUCUUUUCAGAUUUGAGGUGGGCAGGUCAUAUAACUUUUAAAGUCAUAGGCUGAGGUUCUUAGGAAAAGAAAAUAAAAUUUCAACAAUACAUCAUUUCAUGUUUUGCAUUCUGGUCAGCUUGAAUUCUGACAGACUUUCUUAUCAGUAACUUCAGUUGCACUCACCUUGAUGCACCUCUGAAAGUUUUGAUAAAACCACUUAAAAUAAUCUGUGGCUCAAGUUACCCAACACAUAUCCCACGUGAACUGUUAAAUUAGAUAUGCAGCAGGAGGCUGUGUUUUCCAUAGCUAUCACAUCCAGUCAUAAAGACCUUUAAAAAAACCCAAACAACUUGAAUAUCAAUGCAAAAUACACUGUAGAUGUACUCUCUUCCCAUGGUGUUCCAGCAUCCAGGACUUUGCCUAGACUCUAAGUUAACUACUUUUCAUGAGGUAAAUCUCUCCAUUUUUUCCACUGUCUGUAGGUGGUAGCCCUUUGUCUCAGCUGCCCCGGCUCUGUUCCUGCAUGGGGUAAUGAGGCAGCUUGUGCUGUUGCUCACCUGAGCAAAGCUACCCCUGUGCUGCUGGCAGGAUCCCUCUCACUGCCUGAGCUGUGUCCACAUCAUCUUUUACAGCCAAACCUACACUCACCUGGGCCAAGAUCCAAAAGCACCCAGCCUGAGCUACAGAGAGAAAAUGAGGCUCCAGCUCAAGAGCUGCCUGGCUGUGUGCAGGAGUUAGCACAGGGCUGGCUGCUCACAGGACAGGUAAAACUGAGGAGUAGAUGAGCACCUGCAUGUUUACAUCACAAACUAAAGCAUCCAGACAGAAACUUUUCACAGCUACUUCAAACUCCUGCACUUGAGGAGUAUCUGAGGGCAGCACCAGUGUGUAGGUAUGGCUCUUGACUAAGCUAUCUGUUUUACACAAAUGAAUGACAAAUGUACAAACUAAAAUGCCUACCAAGAUAUUCACCCUUGGGGCAAGACUGUUAAGACCCAUCCUGGGCUCAGGGCUCACAGGUAACAGCAGGACUGAGGACUUUACAUCCCCUCACUUCCACUGAAUCUGUAACACUACCUCCAUACCAGAAAAGCUUUACAGAAUCAAAAGAAUAUUCUUGCUGAGAGUCAGUGCUUUGAGCCAAGUGGCUCACUUUUGAAACGGGGAGAAGGGAACAGGUACUCCACACAUAUUACUAUGGAAUUGUCAGCUUCAUGACUGACAUUUCAUUCAAACAGGUAAUCACUUUCAUUCUCAAAAAACCCAUUGCUUUUUCAAAAACUGCCCUGUCAGUCAGCUUUCACUGGAGAGGGCAGAUCAAAGAUAACUUAUAUAUGCAUGAUCCUAAGGAAUUCUUAAAGAGGGAAAUAUCUUCCAAAGUAGUUAUACCUGCCUCCCCCCAAUAAUUCAUUAGAGACACAUUUAACUUUACACUUUCUUCACAUUCCCCCUCAAGAUCUGUGUAAAAACAAAAACCAGCAAAAUACUAAACAGUUCCUAAAGAGCAGCACUUUGAACUAUAAGAACCUGGCAAAAAAAGGCUUCCACCCCAGAAAUUGAAUGUAUUUUAUUAGCAAUCAGUGGGCUUUCUCCUUUACAGGAGGAAGAUCUUAAAUGACACCUUUCCUCAAUUGAUGUCUGUGCCCUUCAGAGCUGCAGCCUGCACAGCUGCUUGCUUUCUGGCAGACAUCAAACUAUCAAAUUUAAAGACAAAAAUAAAAAAUAUGGGAGCACAUAACAUUUAUUUGACAGCUAACCCAAGCCUCUAAAAGUAAUUUUUCCUGAACUAGUUGAAUACAAAGGACAAAACAAGUUAGAACAUUUAGAAGAGACUUCAAAAGUAAAUUCUUUCCUUGGGCUUCUUUGUGCCAAGUACCAGUUGAGGAUGAAGUUCAACUGAAGCACUGUGGUCUUGUGGCUACACUAAAGUCUGGGAACUAGGAGAAUUUGGAGCCUUUUCCAGCCACAGUCACUUGUGUAUGAUCUCAGGCAAACCUUUCAAUCAUUCCUGGUGAUCUUAGCUGCCAUAUUAAAAAAAGAAAAAAAAACACACAAAAACCACAAACCAAAACAGGUAAAUGCAAGACCUCACUAAAGGCAGCUGCUGCAAUUGUAACACAGAGGUUGAGAAAAUUAACAAACCACAGAGCUCCCACUAAGCUCAUGGCAGUGCUUGUGCUCAGCUGUCUCAACACACAGGCCCUCCCUCCUGCUGAGAGCCAGCACUUUCCACAAUAAAAUGGUCAUGAUCAAGACUGGUUUUCCCACUUUCUAUUCACUUCCCAUCAUCUCCUGUCUCGUGCAAUACCCCUGACAUUCAUUGACAGGAAUCAAGCUGCAACUGGUACUAGAUCAUACUUUGUAUAAGAAAAAGUUAACAUUUAAAUUUUCAUGCAACUUAUAUUUAAGAUAAAUUGAAGUGAUGUUUCUGUGUCUUGGAACACUCUCUCAUGGUUAUACAUUCAGGAGGCACUUGACUCUAAGCAAUAUAAUGCUGUAUGCAAAUCCCUUUAUAGCUAUAGUGCAGUAAGCAACUUUAUUUCUGGACUAACUUUGUGGCGCUUGAAAAAUCUAAAUUUGACUUUAAAACAACUGGUCAGUUCCACUAUCUAGAUGAAAAACUACGAGUGGGAGACAGUAUUUUUCUGUUAUGUGUAAAUCUGACAUAAUGUUUGUAGAUUUUAGUAUUUAAAAUUGUAUUAAAGUGCACCAGUCUUCUCAUUUCCACACUGGAAUUAAUGCCAACAAUCCAGCUAAUCUUAGAAAGUGCAUGUAUCUAGAAAUAAGACCAGUUCCACUGAAGGUAUUGUUUAAACUAACACCAUUAAACCCAGUACAAGCCCUGCUGUAAGUGUUUCCAUUUUGGUUAAGGGGUUUUAAACUACAGCUUGCAAAUAACCCUAAAUUCUUUUGAGUAGCUGAAAAAUGCCAAGGAUACAGAAUUCCCACAGAAGGACUUCUGCUGAUCAACUGUCAGCCUGAAGUAACUUAUGUAAAAAGGCCUAAUAACCAAAUAUUAAUCCUAUUUUUAAAGAAAAAUGAGGCCUUCAAGUUCAUGUUCACACAUUAAAUGGUGCUUGAAUUUAGAAUUCCACAGUUAAGGUUUAAAAACUCAAGUCCUAUUUCUUUUGACCAAAUCCAGCAUUUUAAUUCAAGAGUAUGGCUGAAACUUAACCACAUUUGAACUCUGGGCAAUAAUCCUUUUUGUAGUUAACUGGCCCUUUUCAGCUGAAAAUAAUCCAGGCAGUUGAUUGUAAAGACUUUCCUUUUAGUGAGUUAAAGAUGUUUGGGGUUUGGAUUCAUUUAAAAACAAAGCCAGUACCACAGGGUAUGGUAUAGAGAAAAAAAAACAAAGCAAGCUAUCUUCUGCCUGACCCACCUCAUUUAUAUCUUUUCAUUCCAGGAAUCUCUCAGGAGCAUCAUGGUAUUAAAUAACCAGAUGUAACGAGUUGGGGAAAGACUAUCUGUGCUUUUUUUAAUUUGUGAUUUAAAAAAUUGUAGUAAUAGCAUACUUUGAGGUGACAUCCUUCUGCUGCAGGUGGGUCCCUCUGAGGCUGAAGGUGUCAGCACUGGGAAGUGAUGUCUCUUGCAGUAUUAGUGAUGAACAGGAGAGGGAGAGGCCAAGGACCUGUUUAUGGAGGUUUCUUCUUUAAAAUGUGCCACUUCUUGAAUUCUGACCUCUGUCUGCAAGCAAUGCACCAAUGAAUCAUUUGUUAAUUUGUGGACAUCACACACCUACCUAAGCACAUGAACAGCUCUAAAUACUUAAUUUUCUGCUGGCAGGUGUUCACACAACCCAAUCCUGAGACCAUAAACCUUCAUGAUACUCAUUUCUUAGUCUUAACAAAGUUCCCAAAUCAGAUUAUCUCCUUCCUAUUCAGCUGCUGAGUAUUUUUAAGAGGCUGUGAGUAACUCUUCUCCCCCUGAUCCAGGUAUAUUGCCAAAAAUAUCCAUAACUGAUGUUACAGUUGUUCAUUCCAUCUGCAAAGGAUUACUGUCCUUUCAAGUCACUGCAGAGUUGUGUGUGCAAGAACCCCCCAGCUCCUUCAGUCUGUGUGCCUCAGGUAGCAUCCAUGGAUCCCUCCCCAGCUGGCACUGACAGUGAGGGGAGGGAAUGCUCAUUGAAGUAGUCUGGCAGUAAAAGCAGAAAGGGCUGUUUAUUGCAGCUGUUCUAUAUAUCUAUAUGGUCACUCUCCACCUUUAAUACUACCUUGUCUGCCCACCCAGAGAUCAGACAAAAGCAAAAUGUUUUCUUUCUGCUUCCAUAUUUUUGACAGUACCAAAGAAUCCAACAUUUAGGAUAUCCACCUAAACUGCAGGACACCCAAAACCCUUGCUCAAAAUUGGGCAGAAGAGAUCUAACCAUCCAAAUCCCAAGGGAAAGCCUCCUGCUUAGGAACAAUAUGGAACAAAUAAGUACUUCUGCAUUUAUCUAGGAAGAAAAGCAGACCUGUGUCAGGUCAGUGUCUGUAACAGAGCCAUGAUAAUUCCAAGCAGAUACAGGAACCUCCCAGUAACCCAGACUUGCAUCUCUUCUUAGUCUUCUGUAGAAAAGUGCAGUCACUUAAAUCUGAUUUCUCUAAAUGCCAUUCUUACAUACUUCAACACUCUCUAGGCAUGGUUACUUUGGAUCUAUGGACACCAUGGGAUAGCAGAAUACAGGAAUGUCAAAUUUAAAUCCAGCUGUAGAUGCAAAUCAAACUCAUCUAUGCAAGAACUUUUUGCAAGACAAAAUGAGUCUUUACUGGUGAGUUGGUUUUAGCCCAUUCUCCUGUCCAGGCUGAAUGAAACACUCAUCCCUUGCACUGCCUGGUUCCUGUGCUGCCCAUGCUGCCCACCCACAUGAGCCAGGCAGCCAGAGAGGGAAAAACACCACAUCUCCACAGCCCUUCCUGCUGACAUUUUCAGGUCACACACAGCUACUGUGAAUAGCCACAAAAGUUGAAACGACCAGAAAAGGUGAAGGCCACAAAACCAAUCUCCAGGCUUUUUGAUGGGUUUGUUAAAUUGCUAUUGUAACUUUAACAAUUAGCGGAUUUGGCUGUACUAAUGCAGGGAUUAAAUGGAUCCUCCAGAAUUUCCCCUGGAAAACACCAGUGGAAUCACAACCCAUCAUACAAGUUUCUGAAACAUUCCCUGGUCUUAAAGGCCAUGCUGUGUACAUGAAAAAUACUUCAGAGAAGCAUAGGCAAAUGUUAUGGCACUGUAUCUCACAAGCACCUACUGUAAAAAAAUUAUUCCUACUUUGAACAAACUUGUAAGAAGUAGGAUAUGAAUCUGUCCUCAUUCCUCAGGCCCUAACUGCAAACCACGUCCUGGCAUCAAGGCACAGCCUUUGUGUUUGCAUAUCCUGCAUGGCAUCAGAAGAAACUGGCCAGCAAGCACAGGCAGAGUUUUACACCAGGACUUGUUUGUUGGCACCUGGAGGAUGAUCUGGCAGUAGAUGAGUCCUUGGCAAGGAGGACUGAUGCUGAAUUCUGGCUGAUGUGCCAUCAGCCCAUGUUCUGAAGGUGCUGCAACAGGCAGCAAGGGGUAGAAAAGGCAGGUCUAGCCCUCCAUCCCCCCUUACAGAAGCACUUUUUAAUAUCAACUAUAUUCUGCAUGGAAGUAAUUAUAGAGACACUUCCUUUUUAUAUUUAAAAUGCAGAAACCACUUGAAAGUCCAUUAACUUUUUAAAUUAAACUUUUUUUUAAGAAUAAGGCCAGUCAUGGACAAAGUUAUUUAAUGACCUCCAACACUGAACUCAGAGCAGGGUUUUGUAAACAUAGUGGGUGGGAAGAGACAAAUCCAAUUACAAGAAUGCUAAUUAUAUGGGAUUUGAAGUUUUAAUUAAUUUUUUUAAUCUAGUCAUCUUGCUCUCCCAACAUGCAUUGGCACAAAGCAUCACACAAUGAUGGAAAUUUUUCUCCCUUUUCUUGUGCUGAACUCUUGUAUCUUCAGGAAGGCCCAAGUUUCCCAUUCAUCUUCAUUUGCUGCAUUUUUUUAAAUUCUCCAUGGAUUUCUUUCUUUCCAAAUAUCUAUAAAUUAUAAACUAAAGUUUUAUUUUUGCAGAAAGUCUGCUAUUAAGCUAUGCUGAUUUUUUUGUCCUGAUCAAAUAGUGUUAAUUUCUACUACCACAUCGUACGUGGCUAGGAGAAGUGUAAAAAAGAAUGUGGUAGUAUUUUAUGUGCUUUAAACACUGACAAAGAUAUAAAGAAAAGUGCAUAUACAAAGUUCUACUUUCCUAAUAGGAACACUGGCAUUAGCAAAUAGUAUAUUUGAAACAAUAGGAAAUAUUACUUUGUAGUAGCAAACACUUUGUAAAUAAAAACUUGUUAUUUUUUUAAUGGAAAUUUUAUAGAAGCUUUUUCUGUAUACUCAAUUGAUCCCAUGUUUACUGAAAAUGCUGCAAGUGGGAAUUGUACCUUGCAAAUGGGGGUGGGGAGCAGACAGUCUGAAAAGGUGAAAGCUGUAUAUGCUUUGGAGAAGAACAUCCAGUUUUCUGUGAACUGAAAUGUAAACUUUAAUUGUAGAAGAACUGAAUAAAAGAAUUUCAAGGCAA